AUGGGGGCGAAAGAGGCCGCGGCCGCUGCUGCAGACGACCUUUCCACGUCAGCAGCGGAGACGAAGCCAUCCCACGUGGCAAUGGAUCUGAGCGCGCACGGCAAGCAGCAAGAGACGGUCAGGAUGAUCACUGGGGAAGGGGACGGCAUAGCGGCGGACGGCAAGGGCUCCAAGGGCGGCAAGAGUGGCAAGGGCGGUGGCAAAGGUGGUGGCAAGGAUAGUAAAGGCGGCAAGGGGAAAGUAGAUCCCAAGCAGGCAGCUCAGGGGAAAGACGCUAAAGAUGGAAAAGAUGCUAAAGGGGGCAAGGGUGGGAAAGAGGGGAAGGAGACAGGGAAGCCUGGUCCUGGCGGUGGUAAGACGAGUCACCCUACCACAGGUGCUAAGACAGCGACCCCGAAGCAGCAGCAGAAGGCGGGGGAUGCUGCUAAGGGGAAGGGGCAUCCUGCAGGGAAGCAGCAGGGCAAGUCCCCGGGGGGAAAGGCACCUCAUGGGAAAUCGCCUGGAGGGAAAGCGCCAGGAGGAAAGGGCGCUGGUGGGAAAGCUGGGGGGGUGGCAUCCGGGAAGCAAGCAGGGAAGGCGCAAGCAGGGAAGGUGCAAGCAGGUGCAGCUAAGAAUGUUGCGGCUCAUGCAGGAGGAAAGGGAGCAGCAGUGGUGCCAAAGGGAAAGGUGCAUCCAGCUCCUAGGCAAGUGAAGGGUGGAGGGGCCAAGGGUAAAGGUGGGGUUGCUGCAGGGAAGCAGGGUGGGAAGGGGAAAGGAGCAGUGCCGGCUGGUGGGAAGUUAAGAGGGGUUGCGGCUGAUCCCAAGAAGGGAGGGAAAGUUCAGAAGAUUCCUCCUCUCACCUGCAGUCCAUUCCCCCGCAUUCGCAAGUCGGAUUUCCCUACUAUUCGAGAGCUCGUCGCCAUGGCGAAGGGCAAGGGCGGGGCGAUCCUGGUGAAGCUGCUGUCGGCGGCGGGGACGGGCUUUUUUUACGUCACCAAGAAGAACCCGCGCAAUCUGCCGCACAAGCUCGAGUUCAGAAAGUACGACCCGCGCGUUCAGAAGCACGUGCUCUUCACCGAGACUAAGCUUCGUUAG